AUGCACCAUGGUGAUAAAGGUGGAGAGAGGGUUCUUCAGAAGAAAUGGACGACCUUUCUAAAAGCCCAACUUCUGUGUUCACUGCCUGACGAUGGCUUCCCCUUCAACAUCAUCCAAGACAUGUUUGUACUGACGCCCAGCAAAGAAGACUGGAAGAAUACCGUGUUUUACGGAGUCUUCACCUCACAGUGGUACAAAGGUGCUUCAGGAAGCUCAGCUGUAUGUGCUUUCACCAUGGACCAAGUUGAAGAGGCGUUUAAUGGACGUUACCGGGAAGUUAAUCGCGAGACGCAGCAGUGGUACACCUACAACCAUCCAGUGCCAGAACCCAGACCUGGAGCCUGCAUCACUAACACGGCCCGAGCCCAAGGGAUCUCCUCUUCCCUGCACAUGCCUGAUAGAGUCCUGAACUUUGUGAAAGACCACUUCCUCAUGGAUAAUGUGAUUCGCAGUCAGCCUCUGCUGCUGAAACGAAAUGUGCGCUACACGCAGCUCGCUGUGCACAGAGUACAGGCUCUCCACAAGACCUAUGAUGUGCUUUUCAUUGGCACAGAUGACGGCAGGAUCCACAAAGCCAUCAACGUUAAAAACAAGAUGUAUAUCAUUGAAGAGCUGGUGAUUUUCCCUGAGCCUCAAUCCGUACAGCACAUCGAACUAGAUGAUGAGAAGGGACUGUUGUUUGUGUCCAGCUAUUCCGGGCUGGUGGAAAUCCCUCUUGCCAACUGCUCCAACUACCAGAGCUGUGGAGAGUGCGUGCUGUCUAGAGACCCUUACUGCGCCUGGACAGGGAAGCAGUGUUCUAUUGUCAAGCAUGCGUCCGCUAAGAGUCAAUGGCAACAAGAUGUAGAAGAUGCCAACACUGCUAUUUGCAAAAUGUCCAGUCCCCGUUCAGGAAGACCACGUGUUCCAGCGUGCCAUGUGGUAGAAAUCCCAGCAAACACAUUUACAGUUCUACCCUGCAAACUGCGAUCCAAUUUAGCUGCUAGACGAUGGGAGUACAGUGAUACCGCCGAACGUUUUGUCUACCCAAGUCCUGAUGGCGGCCUGGUGGUUGUAGCCCAAGUGGACAAGCAGGAAAACUACGCGUGUUGGUCCGAAGAAGGCAACUAUCGGCAACUUCUGGCCAAUUACUGCGUUAAAGCAGAGCACGAAAGCACCACCCUGACUGGGCGUUCCAGAACACAGCAGGUGACCCAAGGAGAGGCCAUUAUUCUACCUGGCGAAACGUGGUCACCACAAAAAACCAAAACAUACUGGAAUGAGCUGAUUGUUGUGUGUGCCUUACUUGUGUUUUCCUUAGUGGUGCUGUCACUUUUUGUGGCGUACAGGAAUCGAGAUAGGAUGAAGUCCAUGUUGAAGGAAGGCGAGUGUCCUAACAUGCAACAGAAGAAGCCGCGAAUUCCAGGGAAGCACACGGAAAGCCUUCCGUUAAACGGCAACAACAUCCCGCCCUCAGUGUCUGACCACAAGGGCUACCAGACUCUUAAUGACAACUACAUCUGUAGCACUCCAACCCACGAGUGCUCCUCUCCCGAAAACAGCAAGAGCUUCUCCGAAUCUGAAAAGAGACUGUUGACUGUUAACUUAAAGGAGAGCCAUGUGGAGAUAUCACCCACUUGCCCGCGGCCUCGGGUACGACUAGGUUCGGAGAUUAAAGACUCCAUUGUUUAAGUCGAUAUUGGGAAGACUGUUAAAAAAUAGUGGCCUCUGAACUGAACAGCACCAUGAGAGGGACAGACUGAAAAUCGACUGGAAACGUAACCAUCACUGGGUUUUAUUUUGCACUUUGUCUCCUCUCAUUUUGUCUUGGUGAUCUGUUCACAUUUCUCAGUCACUGCCAAGUCUGUGAAGCACCCAGAGCCACGGCGAGCGGGACGCAAGGUAUAUAGUACAGUACGAUGGGCAUUUUGCGAGGCACGCCGUUCCAGUCGUCCCGCCCAGCACCUGUCCGUCCCAAAAUGUCUGGUGGCAUCUGAGUGAAAGCAAUACGAUGCCCUCAGGGUUCACUAACCUGUCAUGCUCCCAUCUCAUCCCACGUAGAGUUGGCCGUCCUGCGAACGAGAAGACGAAAAGUCCAAUUUUAGUUGUGCUAAACAUAGUGCCUGACGUGAGAUGAUUAGCUGACAU